CUGCCGGUACGACCGUUGGUAGUUUUUCGUGGUGUUGUACGUGUUCGUGCGUGAACGUUUUCUGUUUCGUGAAAGAAAAGAACGAAGGUUUGCAGUGAAGAGACCUAUCGAGAAGAUCAGCUGGGCAAACGGGAGCCCUGAUACGCGACAUUCGGAUCAGUCAUGCGGCGGAAUGUCAAGAUCGCGUUGCUCUUGUCAUGCGCGUGGAUGUUCGCUUUUGUUUACUACUAUCACACGUCUAGGGAUAGCAAGCAGAAUGAAAACAGAGCUUUACGGCUGAAAGAACCCGCGUCCCUGGCACUUUCCGCCGGCGGCAAUUCCGGCAGCUAUGUGGAUCCGGACGGCACGGCCAUUGUAAUGUCAUCCGAGCUUCUACCAGCACCGACCCCGGAUCCGAGAGUGACGUGGAAUUACUUCGACGAGCAGGGGUACGUCUCGAGAGGCGGUCUGCGUGCAGGCGAGGACCCAUACGCGAGGAAUAAAUUCAAUCAGGAAGCCUCCGACGGUCUUCCGAGCAAUCGGGACAUACCCGAUACUCGCAGCGCCAUGUGUAGAAUGAAACAAUGGAGACAGGAUUUGCCACCGACUUCCGUUAUAAUUACUUUCCACAAUGAAGCACGGUCUACGCUACUCAGAACUGUCGUCAGUGUACUGAACAGAAGUCCGGAACAUCUGAUUAAGGAAAUCAUUUUAGUAGACGAUUUCAGCGAUCAUCCUGAGGACGGCGAAGAGCUAUCGCGAAUUCAUAAAGUUCGUGUGAUCAGAAACGAAAAAAGAGAGGGAUUGAUGAGAUCGCGUGUUCGCGGCGCAGAUGCAGCUACCGCGAGUGUGCUGACAUUUCUGGAUUCGCACUGCGAAUGCAACGCCGACUGGCUUGAACCACUUCUGGAAAGGGUAGCCGAAGACCCAACCAGGGUGGUUUGUCCUGUGAUCGAUGUAAUUAGUAUGGACACUUUCCAAUACAUCGGAGCUUCCGCCGACCUCAGAGGUGGUUUUGAUUGGAGUUUGGUCUUUAAAUGGGAGUAUCUCAGCCAAGCGGAACGACAGGCGAGACAAAAGGACCCGACGCAGGCCAUUAGGACCCCUAUGAUUGCUGGCGGACUGUUUGUCAUCAACAAAGCGUACUUUGAGAAACUCGGCAAAUACGAUACUCAGAUGGACGUUUGGGGCGGCGAGAAUCUCGAAAUAUCCUUUCGCGUGUGGCAAUGCGGUGGCAGCUUAGAGAUUAUCCCGUGCUCACGUGUGGGCCAUGUAUUUCGCAAACGUCAUCCUUACUCGUUCCCCGGAGGCAGUGGAAACGUGUUUGCGCGAAACACGAGACGCGCCGCCGAAGUAUGGAUGGACGACUACAAGCAGUUCUACUAUAACGCCGUGCCGUUGGCACGAAACAUCCCUUACGGAAAUAUCCAAGACAGGAUGGAAUUAAAGCGAAAGCUGCAUUGCAAGCCGUUUAGUUGGUAUCUGAAAAACGUCUAUCCCGAAUUGGUAAUACCUACGAGCGAGGGUGGUCCAGGAGGCUCUUUAAAACAAGGCACCGCCUGUUUAGAUAGCAUGGGCCAUCUUCUCGAUGGAAACGUGGGUCUCUAUCCUUGUCACAACACCGGCGGCAACCAGGAGUGGGGCCUCACGAAAGACGGCUUGAUCAAGCAUCACGAUCUCUGUCUGACUCUACCGGUGUACGCCAAGGGUACAACGUUAUUGAUGCAAAUCUGCGACGGCAGCGAGAAUCAAAAGUGGCGGCACUUGGAAGGCGGCUUGAUUCGCCACACUAGAAUACCCGUGUGCAUAGACUCGCGGUAUCACGCGCAGCGCGGCAUCACGGCGGAGAAGUGCGAUUCGAAUGCGGAGACGCAAAGGUGGCAUCUCUACAACCACAAUCACUAGCUGAUAUGGCUGCGGUGAACACGCCAUUCACCCGCAAGACUUUUACUUAUUAUCGUCACGCGCCGCGACGUGAUCAAAGUCACUCUAACCGAAACCGAUCGCGUCGGAGGCGUCGUUACUUAAUUAGAAACUGGCUGUCCGCGCGCGAAUAGAUCGAUCAACUCGGGCAAAUUUUUUAUCGUAUAUCAGCGUAUCUUUGUGCAAUAAUCGUGGCUCUUCUUCUGGUCUUUCAUAUGAUCCGAGGAAGAACCUAUAUCUUGUACCGCGCUGAUUUACAAGUUCGCGAUUUCUCAAUGCAGCUUGUUUCAUAAAGUUAGAUGAGAGUGUAUUUGGAUUCGGAUAUCCUAAAUAAUGAAAAAGUGGUAUUACGUGAGACGGGAUAAUUUCGCAGAAGAGUAAAAAAAGUUUUAAGACUGCUUGGUGUAUAUGAUACUAAUCAAUAAGCUUCAGUUUUAAUAUCUAUUCGAAAUUCUACCGCUUCUGAUCGUUUCUUAGAUACUAAAAAAACGUUAGAAAUUAUCACAAUACUUCUUUUAUAACGACAAAAGAUUAAUCUUAUUAAUAGAGUAACGUCUCGCAAUCGAUGUGUGAUAAGCGUAAUAUUAUUUAUAGUAAAAUAAUGUAAAAAAUGUGAAGGAAUGUGUGUAUGAAUCGUGACAAUGCGAAAGUUGCAUAUACCGUUUCGAUGUUGCGACCCGAAGCACGUUGGUAGUGACUGCAUCUUAAAUCUCAAAUGCACGAAUUACGGUAUAUACUUCAAACGUGCACUGGUUUUAAAUGAAGGAACAUCACAUUAUUGAAAAAGUCAUUUUUAACACUUUUAACCUCGAAGAUAAUUAAUAGAGCAAAGAAAUUCCUUAUAUUCGCGGGUUAAAGUGUUAUAAAGAGAGCUACAUGUGUAUAUUAAUUAAGAAAUAAUUGAAUUGUAUACGCAGAAUACUCAUGCACAGUUUUGGCUUAUGAUUAUUAGACUCGAAGAAUUUGUUUGAGAAAUAUAUUACUUGAAUAAAAAUUGACUUAUAAAGUAUUGCGUGGAUGCGAUCAGCUCGUAACUUUUUGCAAGAUGUGUCAUUGAUAAAAUCUCAAAAAAAUUAAUUUAAUAUAUAAAUAUUUUAUAGUUUCUUUUUUUAAAGAACUCUCAUUAAUAUAAAAAAUUUAUGUAUUAUGCAAUUGUAAAUUUAGAUUGACAUCGCCAAUUGAAGAGUUAAGUGAAAUCGGUCUAUAAGAUGACAACUCUAUUAAUGAAAUAUAAUUAAUAAAAAAAGGUUACCGGUUUAGAAAUCAAUUUAAAAAAAAGUAAAGAUUAAAAAUAAAAUUAUCUUUUUCUGUUUUAUGUAUAAUCAUAGUUGAUGAUAUAUAUACGAAAGAUAUAUAUAUGUAUAUUUAAAUCAGAAUAUAAUUAUACAUAAAAGACAACUAAUUUCAUGAUAUUUAUAUUUACUUAUCAUAAGCUCAGAUUUAGAGUAGGCCGAUACUUUAUAUUAUGUAUUUGAGUGUCCAAGUAAUGAGCCAUUCAUCUUUUUUUAUAUUUACUUGUACGUAAUUUUUUUUUAUACGAAGAUAGCCAAAACUUUGGCAUUACUUCAUAUUCUAGAUAAUCGAUAGAUUUAUCACAAAUACCGUUUUGAGAUUACGCUUUUAAACAAAUAAACGCAAAGAAGAUUUUUGCUAUAUUUACACUAAAAAAAAGAACCAAUUAUUACACAAUUGUUCUCGUUCUACAUUACAAUAAAUUAGACAUCUAAAUUUUUAACAAGAUAAAAAAUUCCAUUUUUUUAGGAUGUCUUAAAAAAUGCCAAUGCCAAAUACGUUAUUUGCACAAUCCAAAAAUCCACAAAUUUUAUAUUUUUUAUAUUUUAAUUUUGAUUUACAUAUGCAACACUGAGAGUGUACAACGCAAGAAACUUCUUAGCGAUUAAUAUUGUUAUUUUGAUCGGUCUCGCAAUCACGCAAUGUCCGUACAAAAUGUAUGUUAUUUUUACCUUAAUGUGUAUACGGGGCGCAUUUUUAAAUCCGCCGAUACCUAUCUCCGUAAUCAAAUAACAAAUCGUGACGAACAAAAUGCUUUUUCGUCAAAAAUAUGCGUAUAUGAGAUUCGCAGGAAAGAGAUUUAUUUUUGUAACUAAUUGUAUACUUACUUGGUUGUGCAAAAAGCGCGGCGUGACUGAAGCGUAUAAGCAUACUUAACAUAUUGUAGCUCGGUAAUAUAAUAUUCCAAAAAUAUGUGGAAGAAGAUGAAAUAGAAUUUGAUUCUAUACAUUUUUAAUUCUUAGAAGUAAAAUAUUAAUUCUUUUUUUAAUUUUUAAUUAGAAAAGUAAUUCUUAUUAUAGUAAUCAUCAAUUCUAAAAAAUCCAAUUUAAAAAAUGAAUUACAUAAAAAUGUGAAAAUUCUCUUAAGUGCAUUUGUCAUCUUGUCGAUUUCAUUACUCAUCUACAACAUGUUAAGUGAAUCAAAAUGGCAGUUGACACGACUAACAUAGCAAUACGUACUAGCAGAAAACGUGAUCUUUUGUACACUUAUACUUUCCGAAGAUAAUAUCUUACUGCCGUUGCUUCGUGCUGGGAUUAUAAACAUCGCGAAGCAAGAUGAAUAACAUCUUAAUAAAAAUUUUGUAUAAUACACGAGCAUCAAUAUAUUAAUCCAGCUAGCUGCUGCACUAAGCAUAUGGCAAAAAGUUCUUUUGAUAUCGAUAUUCUCUCUAUAUGUAGGCUGAUAAUUUCAAUAUAGAUAUAUUACGCGAUCGAUUUCGUCCAUGUCUCUAUUAAACGAAGACGAUCGCAUAUUAUGAAAAUAAAUCACUUCUGAAAAUCAAAAUGUCUAAAAAAUUUCAGAUUUUUAUUAUAUCGUCGCGCGAGAAAAACCAUCGAUCCUUUAAAACAUUUUCCUUUAAUCGGAGAAUCGGUUAGCGAUGAUAUAUACGCAAAUGAUAUCCUCGUAUUAUCGCGCUUUCUUUCAGUUACAGUUGCUUUGAAGGAUUUCGACUAACUUUUAUCCAGAGAUUGAAAGAGAAAAGUCUAAUUACAGUCAGUCAAUGUUGGAAUUAAAGGAUUUUGCCGUCCAAGUUUCACAAGCUAAAUAACUUGGAACUUUGUUUUCAAAUAAUUUAAAGUUUUAUAGACAAAUAAUUCAGUGCGAAGCUUAAUUAACGGUAUGCUUAACUUUUAAUAAGAAAUUAUUUGAGAAUUAAAUCUAGUAAUUAUAAGAGAUUAGAGUUGUGCAAAUAAUUUUUUCGAUAUUAUCAAAUAAACUAAAUAUUUUGCUAUACACUAAUUUUUUCCAUAAUUGAUCGAGCAUCAUAUUAUAAAAAGGAACAAUUUAAUCCGAUUUUUGAUUAACUAAAUCAAGAGAAAGUACGAAAAAUAUGCGAUAGUGAAUACGCACGCACAAACGGAAACAUGCGCAAAAUACCCUGAAACUAUAUCUCACGCGACGUGAAAAUCGCUGCUUUGUAAAUAACUAUACA